UCAAAGUUGUGAAAUCCAAUCCUAUAUAUUUAUGUGUAUAAGAAAAAUUAGACGUACAUUUUAAUAAAUCACUUUUUCAACUCAGAAUCCAGGACGUCUAAAUUUUGAAUCUAACUAGCAAGAGAUAAUGGUGAAGUUCAAGAACUUGAGAUCAGAUACAUUAACACUAGUACUUGUAAAUAUUGCUGGUAUAAUGGAGAGAGCUGAUGAAUCUUUAUUACCUGGAGUUUACAAAGAAGUUGGCAAGGAUUUGCACACUGAUCCCACUGGUCUAGGCUCUCUCACUGUCUUUAGAUCAUUAGUUCAAUGCCUUUGUUAUCCUUUGGCUGCAUAUCUUGCUGCUCGUCAUAACAGAGCCCAUGUCAUAGCUCUUGGUGCUUUUCUCUGGUCUGCUGCUACUUUCCUUGUUGCUAUCUCCUCCACCUUCACGGAGAUAGCAAUUGCUAGAGGAUUGAAUGGAAUAGGACUUGCAAUAGUCAUACCAGCAAUCCAAUCUCUAGUUGCUGAUUCAACUGAUGAUAGCAACCGCGGUACAGCUUUUGGAUGGUUAGCACUAACAUCAAAUUUUGGCUCAAUUCUUGGUGGAAUUUUGGCUGUUCUAAUAGCAGAAACAUCAUUCUUGGGAAUCCCUGGCUGGAGAAUCUCCUUCCAUCUGGUUGGUCUUAUAAGUGUUAUCGUUGGUUUUUUAGUCCGUCUCUUUGCCAAUGAUCCGCGAUUCCUUGACAAUAAGGGCAAAGCAAAAGAUCAACCUCUACUAAAACCAUUUCAAGAAGAAGUAAUUGAACUGCUAAAAGAAGCAAAAGCAGUUAUCAAAAUACCUUCCUUCCAAAUAAUUAUUGCACAGGGGGUUUCCGGGACAUUCCCUUGGUCAUCGUUGUCGUUUGUUACUAUGUGGUUAGAGCUUAUAGGCUUCUCCCAUAAGACAACAGCCCUACUCUGGACUUUGUUUCAAGUUUCUCUGUCUCUUGGCGCGUUGUUUGGGGGCCGCAUGGGGGAUGUAUUGGCCAAGCACUUUCCAAACUCUGGUAGAAUUGUUCUAGCUCAGAUAAGCUCUGGCUCAGGAAUUCCUUUAGCUGCAUUUCUACUGUUGCUAUUGCCUAAUGAUCCUAAAACAGCUAUGUUGCAUGGUUUAGUCUUGAUCAUCAUGGGAUUAAUCAUAUCAUGGUGCGGUUCAGCAACAAACAAUCCAAUAUUUGCUGAGAUAGUCCCUGAGAGAGCUCGGACAAGCAUUUACGCUCUGGAUCGAUCUUUUGAGACAAUAAUAGCAUCCUUUGCUCCACUGGUGGUUGGUAUUUUAGCUCAACAAGUUUUUGGUUAUAAACCAAUUCCAAAGGGAUCAACAGGCUCGGAAGAAACUGAAACCGAUAGACAAAAUGCUGCAUCGCUUGCCAAGGCACUGUACACCGCGAUAGGCAUUCCAUUGGCGAUUUGUUGCUUCAUAUACUCCUUCCUCUAUAGCACAUAUCCACAAGAUAGGGAUCGUGCCCGGUUGCAACAGAUUGAUGAAACAAGCAAGUUUCCAUCUGAAGAACAACAAGCCUUACUUGAGAGCGAGGAGCACAGGCUCUUUUCAGCAACUUGUUGAAAUCUUCCGACAAAAUUUUAGACUAUCUGUACAUAGAAUCCAACAAACAGAAAAUCACUUCUCGCUGAAAAGGACAGUCCGGUGCAUAAAGCAUCCCCUAUUAAUGCAGGAUCGAAGGAAGGGCCGCACACCUGCUUCCAUGGCUCGAACUUGUGAGACCUAUAGGUCACAUGGAGACAGCUAUACCGAUGCAAAAAAUUUCUAAGGUGUAUUUGCUUAUUAUUUUCAAAUGAAAUUUGUAAAGAUUAUAUCAGUUUGUAAUAUAUUAUAGUAGUGACUGGUGCAAAACACUCUAGUUCACUUUUAUCUACUGUUGUAAUUUUAUCUUAAGCUACGUUGUUUAUA